AUGUCUCUGUCUGUCAAACAGAUGGGUCGUUUCAAAACUCCUCUGCCCGGCUUUGUUCGCAGGGUUGAGAGGCUCUUCAAUGGGAUUGCAUGCGGGCGCGGCCAAAGGCAUGGUGGCGCGUCUGCUCGUGCGAAGUUCCCAGCCUCAUCCGCGGUUGCAUCAAUGCUACCUGUCGAGUUGUGGGAGAUCAUAAUUGCGUGUAUCUGGCAUGACUGGUCGGAUGCCUAUGAACGUCGGCGUGCGCUCUCAUCCUGUGCUCUGACAUGCCGUACCUUCUCUCUUAUCGUCCGCCAACUCGUCUUCCACACCAUCAGGCUUUCCCAAACAUCAGAGCGUCCGAAUUACGCCCAUUUCGUUGACAUCCUCCAGCACUCGCCUUACGUCGCAUUGCUUCAUGCAGUGGAGACGCUCAUUCUGGACUUUAACGGGAGCACAUACGAAGUGGCAGAACAUAUGCGAGACAAGUUGACGACGUAUUUCACUCCAUGA